GUGUCUACGAACCGUGAGGACAAGGUUACUUGAAUAAGUUAGAUCAAUGCAUCAAUGGCUUUGUUCUAAUAAUAUGUCACCAACUUUGUCACAAUCAGGAACAGUCAAAUAAUUGUCACAGUUUAAAAAAUGUGUAAUAGUAGAUACAUAAGGUUACAGUAUUGAACUGUUAGUUGUGUUUUUAACAUUGUUUUUAGGACAAAGUGGAUUUAUUUAUUUUUGGAUUUGUUUAAUAUUUAUUAAAAUAGUCAUCUUUUAAAGUCAAGACCAUAAAUUAGGUAUUGUAAAAGAUGAAUUUUCACAAAGGAGUUAGUAGUAUUUAGAUGGUUUAUUGAAUGUUAUUUCCCUAUGCCAGACUCUCAAUAUAAACUAAGCUAUUUAGAAACGUUAAUGCACCUUGUGAAAGGUAAUGUAGGAACAGGAAUAUUUGCAAUGGGCGAUGCUUUCAGAAAUUCCGGUAUAAUAGUAGGACCCAUACUUAUGUUGAUUUUAGGAUUUGUUUGCAUCCAUUGUCAGCAUUUAUUGACCCAGUCAGCUAAAAGCCUUCGUACAAAACAUCAAAUAGAAAAAAAACUGACCUUUGCAACAACAGUGGAAUUAUGUUUUCUCCAAGGACCACACAAGAUGUCAAAAUUUUCUCACAAGAUGAAGAGAAUAGUUAAUUGGUGUUUGAUUAUUACACAACUCGGAUUUUGUUGUGUAUAUUUUAUAUUCAUCUCGGACAACAUUAAACAGGUAGCAGACCAUCAUGGAUUUGAAUUAGAUAUUCGUUCAAUAAUGACCAUUAUUUUUAUACCGGUCUUAUUACCAUGUAUGCUGAGGAAUUUAAAAUAUCUUUCUCCAAUUUCUGGCCUUGCCAACCUAUUAAUGCUAGUAGGCAUUAUUAUUGUUACGUAUUAUUCGUUGAGUGGAGAUUUUGCACCAAUAUCAGAAAUAAAGUACGUUCCUAGUUUAAAAUCAUUGCCUCUAUUUUUUGGAACAGCAAUAUUUUGUUUUGAAGGAAUCGCUUUGGUUCUACCUCUUAAAAAUGAAAUGCGGAAUCCAAGAGACUUUGGUAAACCUUUAGGAGUGCUAAAUGUUGGAAUGUCUUUCGUUGGAAUUUUAUUUAUCUUUGUUGGUAUAAUUGGAUAUUUAAAGUUUGGAGAAACAGUUAUGGGAAGCAUCACUCUUAAUUUGCCCGAAGAUGAAAUUUUGUACCAAGCCGUAAAAGCAAUAAUUUCCGUUGGAGUUUUACUGACAUAUUGUUUGCAACUUUUCGUCGUCGUUGAAAUUGUUUGGCCUUUUAUACUAUCCAAAAAACUGAAACAUAACAAACAUCCAGUUGUUUGGGAAUUGUUGUUGCGAAUGAGCUUGGUUUUAUUGACUCUUGUUAUGGCACAAAUAAUCCCAUUCCUGAGCUUAUUUAUAUCCUUGGUAGGGGCGGUAUGCAGUGCUGCCUUGUCUCUUUUAUUUCCAGCAUUAUUGGAUUUGCUAAUUAAAUAUGUCGACAAGGAACUGACAUUUUUUAUACUUACUAAAGAUGGUUUUAUUGUCUUUUUGUCGUUAACAGGAAUGAUUACAGGUGGUUAUGAAAGUAUUAGUUCGAUUUUACUUGCUUUGAGUCAAGAAGAUGAAUACGAAGUAACUCAAAACACCACUCAUUCCACUACAAUUUCUUAUUUAUAAGAAGCUAACAGCUAAGGAUUAUCUGAAAUACGAAAAUAUUCACAAAAAUUUACUAAAACUCCAAUAUGAUUUAACAAACAUAAUUUCUUAAAAUUAUGAACAUUUAAUAGCGAAAAAAAUAAUCAGUAAAAUAGAGCAGAAUCCUGAAAUUUAUAAGUAAAAUUACAGAAUGAAAAUAUAUAUUAUAAGCUUA